AUGAGCCAAUGGAAACAAAUUCAACAGCUCGAGAUCAAAUACCUAGAGCAGGUGGACUACCUUUACGAUGACAACUUCCCUAUGGACAUUCGGCAGGUGCUCUCCAGCUGGAUUGAGAGUCAAGACUGGGAUACUGCCGCAAACCAUGAGUCCAUGGCAACAGUUCUCCUCAACAAUCUCCUAUCUCAAUUGGAAAGGCAAUGUUCUCAGGAACAGAACUUCCUGCAAAGACACAACCUGAAGAUCAUCAACCAGCAGUUACAGCUGAAGUACAAAGCCAGUCCUCUGCACAUGGCCGGGGUCAUCGCCACCUGUCUCAGGGAGGAGCGUCGUAUUAUCUCUACUGCCAGCAUUCAGGAACAGGGCCCAUUGGAGAAGUCCAUGCAGAAUCCAGUGGCCUUUGAGAGACAAAAGAAUUUGGAUAACAGGGUGGCUGUGAUCAGGAGUAGAGUGCAGAUGAUGGACCAGGCGGUUAAACAUCUGGAGGACAUGCAAGACGACUUUGACUUCCGCUACAAAACUCUUCAGUCUCGUGAUCCGGCAGACAGGAACACCGACGUGAUGAAACAGGAAGUGACUCGACUGCAGGAGAUGCUCAACAACCUGGACUUUAAAAGGAAGGACAGUCUGUCUAAGAUGAGGGACGUGAUAAAGGAGAUUGAUGCUCUGGUAGUCUCCCAGCUCAACCCAGAGCUAAUGGAGUGGAAACGCAAGCAGCAGAUUAACUGUAUAGGCGGUCCGAUGCUCACUGGAUUGGAACAACUCCAGAACUGGUUUACUCUGACAGCCCAAAGCCUGUUCCAGAUGAAACGUCAACUGGACAAAAUGGGGGAGCUUAUCCUGAAGGUGACCUAUGAGAGCGACCCCAUCCCCCUGCAGAGACCGCAGAUGGAAGAGCAGGUUAAAUACCUACUCUACCACCUCAUCAGAAGCUCCUUUGUGGUGGAAAAGCAGCCUUGUAUGCCAACCCACCCCCAGAAGCCUCUCAUUAUCAAGACUGGAGUGCAGUUCACCACCAAAGUCAGAUUGCUAGUUAAACUCCCAGAAGUGGAUUAUCAACUGAAAGUGAAGACAAUAUUUGACAAGGACCUUCCCCCUGGCAGAGUAAAUCGUCAGUUUUUCAUCCUGACUACUAACACCAAAGUAAUGGACGUGGAGGAAUCAUCCAAUGGCUGUCUAUCUGUGGAAUUCAGACACUUGCAGCUGAAAGAGAAGAAAUAUGUGAAUGGAACCAAGGUGAACGAGGGUCCUCUCUCCGUGACGGAGGAGCUCCACUCCCUCAGCUUCGAAGCCCAGUUCAACAUACUGGGCAUCAAUAUUGACCUGGAGACAUGCUCCUUUCCUCUUGUCGUGAUAUCCAAUGUCAGCCAACUGCCUGGAGGAUGGGCCUCUGUAAUGUGGUACAAUCUGCUAACGGAUGAACCCAAGAACUUGGGCUUCUUUGCCAAUCCCCCGCGAGCCAGUUGGGGCCAGCUCUCUGAGGUAUUGAGUUGGCAGUUCUCCACCUUCGCUGGACGGGGCCUCAACAGAGAGCAGCUGCACAUGUUGGGAGAGAAGCUAUUGGGUCACCAAGCUUCCCACAGUGAAUCUCAGGUGUCCUGGUCAAAGUUCUGCAAGGAAAACAUACCUGGGAAGCCUUUCAGUUUCUGGAUGUGGUUGGAUUCCAUCCUAGAGCUCAUCAAGAAGCACCUGCUUCCCAUCUGGAACGACAACUGCAUCAUGGGAUUUGUAAGUAAGGAAACCGAGAGAUCCCUGCUGAAGGAUAGGGAGCCUGGGACCUUCCUGCUACGCUUCAGUGAGAGCCAUCUUGGCGGGAUCACGUUCACGUGGGUGGAGCAGUCAGAAAAUGCAGGAGAAGCCAAGUUAAUCUCGGUGGAGCCAUACACAAAAUCCCGUCUCAGUGCCCUCCCAUUCGCUGACAUCAUCCGUGACUACAAGGUUUUCGCAAAUGGGGAAGCCCCGGAGAACCCCCUCAAGUUCCUCUACCCUGACAUUCCCAAAAAUGAGGCCUUUGGCCGGCAUUACAACAGUCAGCAGAGCAAAGUCUUUCCAUACAUACCAUCUAUGCUGAUCCCCAUCUCUACUUUGCACCGCCAGUGCCACACCUCCCCCCUGCUCCUCCCCAGAGCCUCCCAUGUCCCCUGGGAUGUUUGAUAUGCUCACCCAGCACCUUAGCCCCUUGGAGAUUGAGACUGCUAUGAGUUCUCCAUACUCUGAGUAGCACAAGAUGACCUGCAGAAUAUGCAAAGUAUCUCAUUUCUCCUACAGUGUCAACUAAGGGUCCUCUAAACAGAAGAAAUCUCUGAUUACAAUACACAGCUUUGACAUGAAUAGAAAUGUAUUAUAUAAUGUAAUAAGCUUAAUGUAGACAUUACAACUCGUACUGUAUCAUAAAUUGGCAUCUUAAUUGUGACAUGCUAACAUCCAGACUGUUGCUUUCUGUUUGUGUCUAAGCACAAGUAAUGUUAGUUUUGACAUUAGACUAUAUUGUCUUAAGCCCCAAUAUCAAGAACCAAGUUUUGUAUAAAGAAUAAAUGUUUAUUAUCACAUUGUUGUAUUUUCAUUUGCCAAUUCAACAUUUCCACACAGUACCUUUCUCCAUUAUUAAAGUAAUCUUAAGAGUAUUUUACUAGUGAACUAAAGAAGUCUAGAUUGAGUCUCUAAGCCUGCAUGGUGAAAUCUGUCUCCCUAAGGAAUUUGUUUUCAGGUUUUUAAUUCUGUAUUUCUGUAGGCAGUCAUGAUUAUGAUCCAUGGUCAACGAACACCCUGACAUGUAAGAUGUUGCACAGAUCAAUUAAGCACUUUAUUUGUUUUGUCCUAUUUGGAACUUAUGUUGAAUUAAUCGUUAAACAUUAAGUCCUCCCUGUUUCCAAAAAGGUUGGGAGGCUGUGAGGUUCUGUUUUCCGUUUUUGCCGUUGUCUCUGAAUGUUCCCCGUUCUGUUUGGUUUUCGUCCUUUGUUCUUGAUUGUAGCUUGUACUACUGUCGUUAUUUUUUUUCACCUGUCUUGUUAUCUCCUUAUUUAGCCUGUCCCAUUCAGCCCUUGUCGAGUCAUUGAGAGUGUUUCAGCCUGCCUUAUCUUCCUGUUGUUUUGUUGUUUUUUCGCCUGCCCUCGUCUUGUCAUUAAACCCUCAUUGUUCGUUGA